AUGAGGUAUACUACAUUCGGACUGCUUACUUGUUUUGCUGUUAAUUACUGUUGGGGUGAAACAUCAGUUGACGAUGAGACAAAUAUAACACUUUGCGUUAAUGGAACACGCGUUGACGUACAUGUCAAUUUAUUAGACAAAGAGUGCCUCGAUACAGCCGAAAACAGCACGAGUUUCGAAAAUGAAAACCGCCUGGAAAUCAAGAAUAUCGACAUGGAUAAAUAUUCAGCUUGUUUGUUGCGAAAAGCCAGCCUCAUGGACGACCAAGGAAGGGUAACGCAGCAUUUUAAUAUAAUAAAAAUCGUUGAGAAUUUAUACGAAAAAACCGACGACAAAGGCACUGUAUUAAUCCUCAUUGUACAAGCUAUCGGAAAAUGUCGAAAAUUAAGUAAGCAGCAUUAUUUAUACUUUCAAUUAAAAACAUUGAUAUCGAUCAGAACAAAAUUAAUUCCAGGUGAAGAUACAGCAAAAUUCAUGAAAUGCCUGAUCGACAAUCAAAUGUCUCUACUGUGGUGCGAUUGA